AUCGCGGCGGCCAAGGAGGGGCGCAGGCGCUAGCGGCUCGGUUCCGGCACCCCCGCUCCCACCUACCUACCUACCCGCCCACCCAGCCAGCCACCUACCCCCCGCCCCCAGCCACCUACCCCCACCCCCCACACACACCCAUCCAGCCACCUACCCAGCCCCCGCCCGGCCUCAGCGCUGCCGCACCCGAACCCCUUCGCCACCAUGUCCGUCGAGCUGGAAGAGGCGCUGCCCCUCACCCCGGCCGAAGAGGCGCCCGAUACCCCCGAGAAGAAACCCGCUUCCAAGAAGGCCAAGGCGGGGGGCGGCUCUUCCCUGUCGCCCUCCAAGAAGAAGAAGAACAACAAGAAGAAGAACCAGCCGGGCAAAUACAGCCAGCUGGUCGUGGAGACCAUCCGCAAGCUGGGUGAGCGCAACGGCUCCUCCCUGGCCAAAAUCUACAACGAGGCCAAGAAGGUGGCCUGGUUCGAUCAGCAGAACGGGCGGACCUACCUGAAGUACUCCAUCAAGGCGCUGGUCCAGAACGACACUCUCCUGCAGGUGAAGGGAACCGGGGCGAACGGCUCCUUUAAGCUCAACAAGAAGAAACUGGAAGGGGGCGGCGGCGGCGGCGGCGGCGGCGGAACCAGCGACAGGAAGAGUUCCGCUUCUUCCUCAUCCCACAGAGCCAAAAAGGCCACUCCGUCCACUUCCUCGGCUGCUCGGCGCGCCGACAAAAAGCCCGUCAAGGGCAAGAAGCCCGAGAAGAGGUCUCACAAGAAAGGCGCCGGCGGCAAGAAGGAUAAAGGCAAGGCCAAGAAGGCGGCAAAGAAGGCGACCGCCUCCGGGGGCAAGAAGGUGAAGAAGUCGGUCAAGCCCAGUGUCCCCAAGGUGCCCAAGGGCAGGAAGUGAGGUCGCCGUCGCCCCCAGUUCCCGGGGCCACCUUCUUAGUUGGGUGGGGGAGGGGCGGGGGAGGAGUGGGAGGGGGGCGGCGGCGGGAUGGCUCGCCCUUCCCCUCACCCUUUACCGAUCCCCAUGGCGGCAGCGGCCGUCACCAAACCGCCGAGCCCUUCCACUCUUGUGAACUCUACUAGGCGAGGUGCCCGGGGACCGCGGGGGUGGGGUUGGGGGUGGGAGGGGGGGAAGAGAGGCAGAGACGCUGCCGCAGGCUCUGCUUUUACUCGCGCGUUCUCGUGUCGUGUUCUAUCCGCUGCCUGUACGGUAAAAUCGUUAUUUUUAUAGCGA